UAUACGUGUUUGUUUGUAUAUAUGUACAAGCUAUCCCCUUCUAGUGAAAAGACUUUCUUUUAGUCUCUCCUCUGUCUCUCUCUCUCUCUAUUAAAAGUCUAAAGUCUUCAUAUCAAGUAACAAGAAACCAACCCGGCGUCUGAGACUGACAAUGAGCGAGAGGAAGCACACAUCUGAGCAGAAGAGCCGCAGGAGUGGCGGCAAUCAUGUCAAGACAGACCAGAUUAAGGUGACCCUCCGUCACACUGAUGGAGCUGGUGCAAGUAAAAGGACGACGGAGGUGCAAGUAAAAGGCACUCCUCGUCAGGUUGUCGACCUUGCCCACGGCUUAAGAGAACGAAGAACUACAACAAGCUCCAGCGGAGGAUCAUCAAAUCUUCGACUUACCCACAAGUCAUCAAAGGAGCAUGCAACAAGCUCAUCAGUCGUUAGACGCGAUCGUGAACCACGAAGCUCUCGGGAGACGCAUUCAAGGAUUCAAGCUCCCCCAAAUUCCCAAGUUGUUGUUCGAACACGAACCUAUUCAACCACAGCUGUGAAGUCAUAUGGAUCAAGAAGUUAUGAGAGCCAUCAGACUUCCCAUCAAGCUUCUUACUACUCAUCAACUUGUCCAGCAAAAUAUCCAAGUUACUAUCAAAGUAAAGCUUCUUCAUUAAGUUUUUUUUUUUCCUUUCAAAAACAUAAUUAAGUUUAUAUAGAUAUAACCUUAUUUAGUUAUCUGGUGUUGUUUUAUAUAGAGGUGGAAUCAAGGGAUGUAGUUAUCAGAAGCGCACGCCACAAAUGAAUAUGCGGUUUGGUUAAGGCGUUCCUGUCAAGCCUGUUAAGUUGCGUUCCUGUCAAGCCUG